AUGACGGGAACGCCGGAGGGAAUGGAAGAAGGCGGCAAGCCAAAAUCGAGACGAGGGACCAUUGCUGCAGAGACGCCGGCGAAGACUUUAUCAGAGACAGGUAAAGCGCAGUCCAGGCGUGGGACGGUACACGCAGAACAGGAUCAAACCCAGCCGCCGGCGAAGACUAUAUCAGAAACAAGUAAAGCGCUGACCAGGCGUGGGACAGUCAACGCUGAACAAGAUAUAGCUCAGCCGCCAGCAAAGGCUGUAUCAGACACUGGCAAGCCAAAAACGAGACGAGGUACAAUGUAUACAGAAGAUGCAAAAGAUGUAGAAGCAAACAGCCCAGUGGCGGCGCCACAGACAGUCGAAGAGCCAUUAUCGAAACUUAGGAAACUAAUGGCGGAAAAUGAGGCGGCGAGACUUGCAGCGGAGGAAGCAGCGUUGGCGCGAGCGGCGAGGGACGCGGCGGCAGCGGAAGCGGCGGCGGCAAGAAAAAUGAUGAUACAAAUACUUUUUGGAGUGAUAUUGGGGAUUAUAGCAUUAAUUAUUGGGAUAAAGUCGUUUAUAUGA